AUGAAGCUUUCAUUCUCUUACCUCAUUCCUUUCUUAUUUACCCAGUAUUUUUCUCACCUUCCUAUCCUUGAUUUCCCUUGUUUUUCUUUUAUUUAUAAAUCAACCUUUUUUUCCAUUUUAAUACCAUGCUCUUCUAUUAUCUUUAUUUCUUUUUUCUUUCUUUUCGAGCAGUAUUUCUUUCUGUCACUUAUUUUUCAUUUUCUUCUUUAUUCUAAUCAUAUUUCCUUCUUUUUCCUUCUCCUAUAUUGCUACUUUCAUGCCUUCAUCAUACGUCAAUUCUCUUUUCUUUCUUUUGAUCUUUCUUUCUUUCUUUUCCCAUAUUGUUACAUUCUUUUUCCUUUCUUUUCCCUUUUCUUUCAUUUCUUUCUUUUUCCCUUUUCCCAUAUUUUUCCUUCUAAAAUUUCUUUCUUUCUUUUUUUUCUUUUCACUAAUAUCAACCUUUACAUUCUUUUUUUUGUUAAAUCUCCCCUAAAUCCUUCCUCUUUUUUUUCCUUCCUUUCUUUCUUUCUUUUCUUUCUUUUCCCAUAUUGUUACCAUUCUUUUUCCUUCCUUUCUUUCUUUUCUUUCUUUUCCCAUAUUUUUUCUUUUUUUUUUCUUUUCUUUCUUUCUUUCCCAUAUUGUUACAUUUCUUUUUUGUUAAUCACCCCUAAAUCCUUCCUCUUUUUUUCCUUCUUUCUUUCUUUCCUAAUUUCUUUUCUUUCUUUUCCCAUAUUGUUACAUUCUGUUUUUUUUAAUCACCCUAAAUCCUUCCUAGUUUUCCUUUUUUUUUUUCUUUCUUUCUUUUCUUUUCUGCUCCAUAUUGUUACAUUUCUUUUUUUGUUAAUCACCCUAAAUCCUUCCUAUUUUCCUUCCUUUUUUUCUUUCUUUCUUUUCUUUUCCCAUAUUUUUUCCUUCCUUUUUUUCUUUCUUUUUUCUUUUUUUUUUCCCAUAUUUUUACAUUCUUUUUUGUUAAAUCACCCUAAAUCCUUCCUAGUUUUCCUUCCUUUCUUUCUUUCUUUCUUUUCCCAUAUUUUUUCCUUUCUUUCUUUCUUUCUUUCUUUCUUUUCCCAUAUUGUUACAUUCUUUUUCUUUUUUUUUUCUUUCUUUUUUUUUUUUUCCAUAUUGUUACAUUCUUUUUUUGUUAAUCACCCUAAAUCCUUCCUAGUUUUCCUUCCUUUUUUUUUCUUUCUUUUUCUUUUCCCAUAUAUUUACAUUCUGUUUUUGUUAAUCACCCUAAAUCCUUUCCUAUUUUCCUUCCUUUCUUUCUUUUUUUUUCUUUUCUUUUCCCAUAAAAUUUACAUUUUCUUUUUUUUUAAUCACCCUAAAUCCUUCCUAGUUUUCCUUUCUUUCUUUCUUUUCAACCUUUCUUUUUUUUUCCCAUAUUGUUACAUUCUUUUUCCUUUCUUUCUUUCUUUCUUUCUUUCUUUUCCCAUAUUGUUACAUUCUGUUUUUGUUAAUCACCCUAAAUCCUUCCUAGUUUUCUUUUCUUUCUUUCUUUCUUUCUUUUCCCAUAUUCUUUCCUUCCUUUCUUUCUUUCCUUCUUUCUUUCCCAUAUUGGUGCUUUUUGUUUCUGUUAUUCAUCCUAUAUCAUUCCUCCUUCUUUCUUUCUUUCCUACAUACUUUAUUUAUUUAUUUAUUUCUGUUUCAUCUCCUUUUGUCUUAUUCUUCUACAAUCUUCGAUCUUAA